GUUCGCACCCAGAACAUGGUUGCCCGCUCUCUACCGCUGCUUAUCGACGGCAUCGAAACCGAGAUUGACCGACGCUUCCUCGAUCAUUUCGUCUAUGGCUUUAGUCGCGUCUUGACCCUGAUCAACGAUGACUCCAACCCGUUUAAGGAGAUCUUGCUCCCUAUGGCCACUCAGCACCGAGGUUUGAUGCACUCGCUCAUGUGCCUCUCGGGAUCGCACCUGUCGGGUCUCCAUCAUGAUCCGAUGUUGGAGGAGCGAAAGUUCUAUCACUACCACCGUGCUAUCAGGGAUCUCAAGGAUAAUAUCACAGCGUCUUCUGGUACUGCUGAGCAGGACCCUGAGCUUCUUAUCGAAGAUCCCAUAAUCGCAUCCACGAUAGCUCUCAGCUUGAAUACCAUCUGUGAAGGAGAAACCAAAGGAGAAUACCGACCCCACAUGGAUGCGGCCCGGUACUUGCUGUCGACGCAGCAGCCGAGGAAUGAGAAGUUCCGGCAGUUUAUUGUCGAGUUCUUCCAGUACCAUGAUGUCUCCAACUCCAUCACUUCUCUGGAUCGCCGCCCCGCCCAUCUGCAGGGCGGCUUACGGCUGCCUGACUUUGUGCCACACGCGCAGGCAGGGAUGUUCCUUGGAGUGUUUGAUGGUCUGUUCAAUUAUAUCUCCGAGGUAACUCGGAUUCGAGACCGGAUCCGACAGCGGUCCAAUGAAGGCUACGAGCCUGCGGUUGACUACCAGAUUCUCGGUGACGCCGUCUCCAUCGACUCCGCCAUCCGGGCUUGGGAGACCUCGUAUACGCCCAACACGCCGAAUUACUACCUGGCACAACUAUAUCGCCAGUCCACCUGGGUCUACCUGUACCGCACCAUCCGCCCGUCCCGACCAAGCGAGAAGAUUGCACAGGUUGUGGACGACGGACUUUCUUUUCUGGACCAGCUACCUCAGGAUGCAGGUGCAUACAGUAUUGUGUUGAUGCCACUGUUCCUCCUGGGCUGUUCUGCCUUCGUGCCUCGCCAGCGAGAGAGGAUCAAGAAGGGCUUUGAGACCCUCAAGGGCUACUCCAAUCUCCGCAACAUCGAGCCCGCCUUCAAGGUGGUGGAGCGAGUGUGGGAAGUGAUGGACACGAAAAUGGAAGAAAGUUGGGACUGGGAGAAGAUCAUCAGCGACAUGAACAUGGAUUUCUUGAUUACCUAGGCUAUUGGCCGCUUCGAUUUGCAUCUUGCAUAAUUUCUUCUUUUCGGUUCGGUCCGGUUGCAUGGUCCGUCAUUCUUACUGGUGACGAUCUUUUCGUUGUUCGAUGUAUGUAUUCCUUUCUUGUCUUUCUUUUUUCUUUCUUUUGUCUUCUUUCUUCUUUACCAUUCUUUUCUUUUUCUGGUCUACCGAAUGGGCAACAGGACCCAAGGGGAUCAGCCCCAAAGCGAGACGGACGGACAUGGCGUCAGCGGGCAUGGAUAGGGGCACAGUUCCGUAUACCAACAUACCAAAAGGGACACUGGCCGGUG